AUGCAUCGAUAUUUCCUCUCCGACUUAUCACCACCGCCUCUGCCGCCGUAUCAACCAUUAUGGAUACUUUACCACGAUGACGUUACUCAUAUUUUACUGGUUAUCGGACUUGUUUGUUUUCUGAUUUCUUUCGCAACUAUAAUGGUUUGCUUAGGUCCUCGCACUUCUAAUACUCAAAACAAUGAACAUAACGAACCAGAACACGUUGAAAUCGGCGCUGCAGAACGUGGAAACGUGGAAGAACGGCGAGAAGGAACGUUGACAUUAAUACAGUUGUUCAAGAAAGUUGUUUAUAGUAAGAAAAAGGUGUCGACUAGUGAGGAAGAUGAUGAUGUGUGCCCUAUUUGCUUAGAGAAAUUCGAAGAUGAAAACGAGUGUGUGGUGCUUCCUUGCAGUCAUAUGUUUCAUGAACUGUGCCUGCAAAAUUGGCUGAAUAAGAAUACUCUGUGCCCUAUUUGUCGAGCUGAUGCUUGGGAGAUUCAUCUUGAAAAUCAAGUUUAA